AUGGACUCGAAAUCUAUUGCUAAAGCUCUCUCGAAACAACAUCAGAAAACAGCUGAAGUGAAAGACCUCAAGUUCUCUUCACUGUCGCUUCAGAAGACCGGCAAACCUGAGCUAACUGCUACUGAAGAUUUGUCUAAGCAGAAUAUUGGGGAGAUUUAUGAAAGCAAGAAGUUUGGUGUUUCAUUUCAAAAGGGUUCGUCUGCUGAUUCAGUGAGUAAUAAAUUUGGUUCUGGUUCUUCCUCAUCUGCUCCUGGCAAAGCAUCCGGAGAAGCGGUUCGUGCUGUUAGUGGUAACAUAGGCUCACAGGAAAGCUCUAUUGAUCAAGAGAGAAAGACCUCAGAGUAUGGAAGUGUGAAGAGCAGUUCUGUUUCCGCUAAAGCUAGCGAUGGUGCCAGUAGUAUUGCAAAGACAAGUGGUAGUGCUAAGAUUAGUGAUCGAGCUGAUUUCGUUGACAGUGGUAAGAGCAGUAUAUGCAGAGGAAGUACAAGCAGUGAUGUGAGUGACGAGAGUACUUGUAGUAGCUUUAGUAGCAGUGUAAACAAGCCUCACAAGGCAAAUGACAUGAGAUGGGAAGCUAUCCAAGUGGUUAGAACUAGAGAUGGAGCAUUGGGUUUAGGCCACUUUAGGCUUCUCAAGAGGUUGGGUUGUGGAGAUAUUGGCAGUGUUUACCUCUCUGAGUUGAGUGGAACUAAAUGUUACUUUGCAAUGAAGGUGAUGGACAAAGGGUCGUUAGCCAGUCGUAAGAAGUUACUUCGUGCUCAGACGGAACGGGAAAUUCUUCAGUCACUUGACCACCCGUUUCUCCCAACUUUGUACACUCAUUUUGAGACGGAGAAAUUUUCGUGCUUGGUGAUGGAAUUCUGCCCGGGUGGUGACCUCCAUACACUUAGACAGAAACAACCAGGGAAGCACUUUCCUGAGCAGGCUGUAAAAUUUUAUGUGGCAGAAGUCCUACUGGCGAUGGAGUACCUCCACAUGCUCGGGAUUGUAUACCGUGAUCUUAAGCCAGAAAAUGUCCUUGUCAGGGAUGAUGGGCAUAUUAUGCUCUCUGACUUUGACCUUUCCCUCCGAUGUGCUGUUAGUCCAACCCUCGUUAAAUCCUCGUCCAUUGACUCGGAGCCUUUAAGAAGAAAUACUGGUUACUGUGCUCAGCCUGCGUGUAUCGAGCCGCCAUCCUGCAUUCAACCAUCCUGUGUUGCUCCUACCUCAUGUUUUUCACCCCGGCUCUUUUCUAGCAAAUCAAAGAAAGACCGAAAGCCCAAAACUGAACUUGGCAAUCAAGUAAGUCCUCUACCUGAGCUCAUUGCAGAGCCCACUGAUGCCCGGUCUAUGUCCUUUGUCGGAACCCACGAAUACCUUGCACCCGAGAUAAUAAAGGGUGAAGGUCACGGGAGUGCAGUUGACUGGUGGACUUAUGGAAUCUUUCUAUACGAGUUAUUGUUUGGCAAAACUCCGUUUAAGGGAUCUGGAAACCGAGCCACGCUGUUUAACGUGGUAGGUCAGCCGCUGCGAUUUCCUGAAGCGCCUGUCGUUAGCUUUGCAGCAAGGGAUCUUAUAAGGGGUUUGCUUGUCAAGGAACCUCAACACAGAUUGGCGUAUAAACGAGGCGCAACUGAGAUUAAGCAGCAUCCCUUUUUCGAAGGUGUGAAUUGGGCGUUGAUUCGAUGUGCUACCCCGCCCGAGAUUCCAAAGGCUGUUGAGUUUGAGAAGAUACCUUCCCCGGCUGCCUCGUCUGGCGGUGAAAAAGCCGCCGUUAACCACAUGUCAACAACAACAGGUGGUAAUCAGAAAGGUUCUGAUAAUUAUCUGGAGUUUGAUUUCUUCUAG